AUGGAGCAGUUGGCCGAGUAUGCGACAUCAUGUCUAUCACGCGCUAAGCACAUGUGGGAGGACCGCGGGUUGCCACGCAUAGAUGCCUUAUCGUUUCUCCUCGGAUCCGUCGUGACAAUCCUGAUCUCUUUCCUCGAACCAGUGUUUAAAGCUCUUAUAGGCGGAAUUCUGGUGAGCCUUUUGACGCUGCUGAAAUACGCGGUAUGUGUUGCCGGCGUCGUAAUCUGCUUUGUCAUAUUGACUUCCACGAAACUCGACAAGUUGGUGCCGAAAACCACAUCGCCAGAAACCAGCAGUCCCAAAGAUGUCCGAAAAGACUUUAUACAGCGCGCUGGCACCACGUCGGACGACUACGAAAUCGUCAGGUACAAGGACGUGAAGGGAUACCGCGAGAAGCCGCCAAAAAAACCAGUUCCUCCCGAAUCUACAUAUGAGAAAUUUGUAGAUCAGGCCCGAGAGUCCUCCUCCUCGUCCUAA